AAAUGGAAUUUCUGCCUUUCCCCCCACGUGAGCCUCCAUCGAAGCACCACGCGCAGCCGGCUGCUAACGGUCAGUAUAUCACGUCACUGAGAAGCAGAGGCGGCCGAGCUCUGGACCACAACGUAACUGCCGUACGGACGCGGCGGAGCGGAUAAUUGUAGUCUCAGGUCCAGACAGCGCGAGGAAGAUGGCGGACGACCCCAGCGCAGCGGACAGGAACGUGGAAAUUUGGAAGAUUAAGAAGUUGAUCAAAAGCCUUGAGGCGGCUAGAGGAAAUGGCACCAGUAUGAUUUCCCUCAUCAUCCCACCCAAGGAUCAGAUCUCACGUGUUGCCAAGAUGUUGGCCGACGAGUUCGGCACGGCUUCGAACAUCAAGAGCAGAGUCAACAGACUCUCCGUGCUGGGAGCCAUUACCUCAGUACAGCAGAGACUCAAACUCUACAACAAAGUGCCUCCUAAUGGCCUGGUGGUGUAUUGUGGCACCAUAGUGACAGAGGAAGGCAAAGAGAAGAAAGUAAACAUUGAUUUUGAGCCUUUUAAACCAAUCAACACAUCCUUGUAUUUAUGUGACAACAAGUUCCAUACUGAGGCUCUAACAGCUCUGUUGUCAGACGACAGCAAGUUCGGCUUCAUUGUGAUUGAUGGUAGUGGCGCCCUGUUUGGGACUUUACAAGGCAACACAAGGGAGGUGUUGCACAAAUUUACUGUGGACCUGCCCAAAAAACACGGUAGAGGAGGACAGUCUGCUCUUCGAUUUGCACGUUUGAGGAUGGAGAAGAGACAUAACUAUGUGCGUAAGGUAGCAGAGACGGCUGUGCAACUCUUCGUGUCCAAUGACAAGGUCAACGUGGCAGGACUGGUUCUUGCCGGAUCGGCCGACUUCAAGACGGAGCUCAGCCAGUCAGACAUGUUUGAUCCGAGGUUACAAGCGAAGGUUCUGAAGCUGGUUGACAUAUCGUAUGGAGGAGAGAACGGUUUCAACCAGGCCAUUGAGCUUUCAGCAGAAGUGCUGUCCAAUGUCAAGUUCAUCCAAGAAAAGAAACUAAUAGGUAGUUAA